UUCUGGAUCUACUCCGAGUGCUGUCUGACUGCUGGAUAUACACGAAUCAGAUAUUCUGAAACCAGGGUAAUCACUGGUGCAGCUGAGAGGAGCUUGUAAUGGAGAUAUCUCAGGAAGGCGUUGGCCAGGGGACUGAGGAGGGCGACACGGCCCAAGCUGCAGGUUGCGACAGUAAAGACGAAAUGCUGACUCAGCCACCGGUACAGGAGACGUCACCAACCUCACCGUCCUCAGAAAGAAAAUUUGAGUAUUCGUCGGAACGAAUGUUACUGACUCAAGCUAGACGUAAAGUAUUCAAGAACUUCCGUAGAAAGCACAACAUAAUUCAUGCGGUUCCCUCUUCAGCUACUGCAUUCGAGGAAACGGACGCUCCCACUGACUUAGCAACAGAAACUGGUACAUUCACUGUAGUUGCCACUGACUCGACUUCCUUGGCAUCUCGCACUAUCCAUGGCACUUAUACAACCACUUAUCCUUCUUCUUCUAAAGCAAAGGACCCUUCAAUCGUCAAAACAAUCACUGAUAUUUCUACUGCCAUAGCAAAGAAGGAUCUUAUCAUUACCACAGCAGCUACUGACAUUCCUACUGCCGCAGCAAAGAAGGAUCUUAUCAUUACCACAGCAGCUACUGACAUUCCUACUGCCGCAGCAAAGAAGGAUCUUAUCAUUACCACAGCAGCUACUGACAUUCCUACUGCCGCAGCAAAGAAGGAUCUUAUCAUUACCACAGCAGCUACUGACAUUCCUACUGCCGCAGCAAAGAAGGAUCUUAUCAUUACCACAGCAGCUACUGACAUUCCUACUGCCGCAGCAAAGAAGGAUCUUAUCAUUACCACAGCAGCUACUGACAUUCCUACUGCCGCAGCAAAGAAGGAUCUUAUCAUUACCACAGCAGCUACUGACAUUCCUACUGCCGCAGCAAAGAAGGAUCUUAUCAUUACCACAGCAGCUACUGACAUUCCUACUGCCGCAGCAAAGAAGGAUCUUAUCAUUACCACAGCAGCUACUGACAUUCCUACUGCCGCAGCAAAGAAGGAUCUUAUCAUUACCACAGCAGCUACUGACAUUCCUACUGCCGCAGCAAAGAAGGAUCUUAUCAUUACCACAGCAGCUACUGACAUUCCUACUGCCGCAGCAAAGAAGGAUCUUAUCAUUACCACAGCAGCUACUGACAUUCCUACUGCCGCAGCAAAGAAGGAUCUUAUCAUUACCACAGCAGCUACUGACAUUCCUACUGCCGCAGCAAAGAAGGAUCUUAUCAUUACCACAGCAGCUACUGACAUUCCUACUGCCGCAGCAAAGAAGGAUCUUAUCAUUACCACAGCAGCUACUGACAUUCCUACUGCCGCAGCAAAGAAGGAUCUUAUCAUUACCACAGCAGCUACUGACAUUCAUACUGCCGCAGCAAAGAAGGAUCUUAUCAUUACCACAGCAGCUACUGACAUUCCUACUGCCGCAGCAAAGAAGGAUCCAUUCAUUGUCACAUGUGCUGAUACGUCUAUUGCCACAGCAGAGAUUGAACCUUUCAUAACAGCUACUGGUAUUUUUACUGCCAGAACAGAGACCGAUCCUUUAAUUGCCACAACUACCGACAUUCAUACCGCCAGGACAAUUGCCUCGACUUCCGCAGAUGCUCGUGCUACUGCUGGCAUUGAAACUUUCAUUGCACCAAAUCCUACCGAUCACCUCAGUGCCACAACGGCCACGGGACCUUCCACUGGAACAACCGCUGGGUUUUCAAACGCCUCAACUCAGACCACCGCUGCAGUUAUCACGAAAAAUGACACGUCCACAGACGACUCCUCCACCUCCGAGGACACUGACACUUCCUAUUCCACCGACACUUCUACGGACGCCGACACUUCUACAUACACUGGUCAUGUACGUAAAUACAAACACAGUUUAUUAAGAAAGUUCAUUGAGGCAAGGAAAAAGCCCCCUCAACAUAAGCCAAUUCCUGCCUCAGAAGAUGAACUAUUUGAAUUCUUGGAAUCUGAUGACUGACAGAGAUCAGUUUGAAACUUAAAUAUCAUCUUCACGUAUUCUUUGAUCCCGCGGAACAGGGCUAGGUUACCUGCAAGAAGUUCCCAUACUCCCAUCCCACCCAUUCAGAAAUUAGAUCACGUUAAUUCAUUUACCAAAGAAGCUGCAAAUUAAGCUGGAUAAAUUUACGCGAUCCAUUUUUUUUCGUCGCCUGUGACAAGUCAGCGAAUGUGAAUGAGGGAAACGCACCGAAAUUAAGAGUGGCUGACUUCAAAAUACUUUACCACAUGAAACUUAAAGAAAGAAAGAAAGAAAGAAAAAACAUUUUAUAAAUUAAUAUAAGAACAGAGCCAUUAGAUAUUACAAUAUACGCGUAUAGUUUUUAGUAUUAAGCUAAGAAUUCUGAGUGCUGAAAAACAGGAUUUUAGCUAUCCUAACAGACUUCUAUUAGUUCUGUAAUAAUUCUUUAAAACAUUAAAUAUAUUUUAGUUUUUAUUAUUUCAAAGAAAACUGACAGUUGAAUACAUGUUCAUAACAAAAUGUAAAGAGUGAAAUAAC